GCUUCUUGAGUAUAAGGGUGGACUGGAGAAGGAUUAUGGCGUUGAAAUUCCUUCGGAGGCUCUCAAUCUUGCUUGUGACAUUACCAUAAGACAUUCCAAUGUUUUAUUUGCUAAUGAAGAAGUGAAUUCUGACAAUUUUGAGGAUCUGCUCCAAAAAAAGGCGUUCGGGCUGGUGAAGGAUGCCUGUUUGAGAUUGAGGCGCGACCUCGACACUGAUGCAGAGGAGAAUGCUUUGGAUACUGAUGAAUACUAGUUGAGUCGGGGCUUUUUGAAUUGGAGGAAAUUAAGAAAUAGAAGGUUCAUCGAAAACGAAUUUGGAUUCCUCGUUCGGAAAAGGAAUAUCAAGAUUUGAUGGACAAGUGGGAUAGGUUUAUGAGGAAGUCAAAACCAAUAGUAAUGGGGAGGAAUAGGUGCAACAAGAGAGGUGAAGAGCUACAAAUGUUAGAACAAGUGCGCCAAGGGCUGGUUUCUUUUAUGCAGGAGGCCGAAGCGGAUAAGAAGACAGAAAUAAAACCCACUUUUGGGAUGGUUCAGUGUUUAAGUCCUCUUCUAACCGAGCUUCUUCUAUCAACACAUGAGAAUCACAAAUAAAACCUUGCUGUUACUCCACGUUUAGUUGCAGAAGUGUAAAUAACUUACAGUUUUUUGGUGGUUUGCCAGGUGUUAUGAGAUGCUCUUUGGGCAUUAUUUUUCUUUCUUAAUAAUAUUUCUUUUUUGGGGGGAUAGCUGAUGGUGCACGUAGCAAGCCCCUUGACUGGGUUUCCAGUUUCUUGGCUCCUUUGCGGCUCAAAACUUCCGUUGCAGGACCUGGAAACAAGAUUGACUGAGAGGUUAAUUGGACAAGAUCGUGUUAGCUUUCUGAUUUGCCGGGCCUUGUCAAGGCAGAAGUCUAGCCGUGGACCUUUAGGCUCAUUUCUCUUCCUAUUUGGCUCUGGUAGAGGAAGGACGGAGCAUGCAAAAGCUCUUGCUAAACAACUUUUCGAUGGUGACAAAUUGCUAACUGAAGUUGACAUGUCAGAAUAUGGGGAGUCAGAUUCUUCCUCACGCCAGUUUGGUGCCCCUUCCAGUGGUGAAGAAUGUGGUGCUGGAGGAUUAGUUACAGAGGCUGUGAAGAAGAGGCCUUUUGGUGUUAUCUUGUUGGACAAUGUUGAUAGGGGCCAUCCUGCUGUUACAGAUCUUCUGAUCAAAAUUUUAAGUCAUGGAAGAGUAUUAGAUGGCAUAGGAAAUACUGUGUAUUUCAUGAAUACAUUGAUUGUCAUGACAUCAAAUGUUGUAGAUCACAUGUUCUAUCAGUCGGGCUGCAGAUGUUGGUCUCAAGACGGCCCCAUGAAAGACAAGUCUUAUCAUGAUCCACCAUAUCCUGAACGUCCAUGUGCCUAUCUCUCUUUUUUGACGGAGGUAAGUUCACUAGUAAGAAUACGAUUUUUUUUUUUCUGGACUCAAGGAGCACAUCUCAGGUCUAUCCAAUUGUGUACAUCUCUAAUUAUGUACCCCAAAGAAAAGGAACGAGUCAAUAAAAUCUAUUUAUUGCGUCGAGACUUCUUUACUUAGAUGAAUCUGCUGAAU